CAGAGAACAGAAAAGUACAGGAUUUAGACACAUCAGACCAACUACUGCUCAGUCAGUUAGAAAGGUAAUCAUGCAGUAAGUCAAUACUGUAAGUAAAAGUAAGUUUGAAUCAUAGAUAUUACAAUAAGAGGUCAGACAGACUGAAUUAGUUCAUUCAUUGAUUGAUUGGCGUAAUCAUUGAUAUUCGGUACAGUUAGUUAAGAUGGCCGACUACGUCAACAAACAGGUGAUUGAAUUCAACAAAGUUUCUGAAGAAAACCGGAACAGAGCAACGAGGAGCGUGAAGACUGAGAACCAUCGCUCAGAUGAAAGAACAAGACUCUACAGGCUGGCUGCUGUGUGUUUUGGAGUGCUGUGUGUUCUACAAGUCACUCUCAACAUCUCCCUGAGGCUGGCUUUCUUCCACUCCAACAGGGAGAGAGAGCAGUUAAACGGCUGUUACAACACCACUGGCCUGGCGCAGGUUGGAGACCAGCCAGAUUCCAGUAGUAUCAUGGAUCUGUGUACAGAGAGAGACCAGUGCCGGAUGAACAGAAACCAGCUAGAGAGGGAGAGAGACAAAGAGAAAAUGGACAAAAAACAGUUACUGGAGCGUUACACUGCCCUGGCUACAGAACGGGACAGGUUGAGAAACAGGGUCAGUCUUCUGACCAAUGAGAAGGUGGUGCUCUCUAGCUGUGGUACUGAAAGAGUGGUGGAAGGGAGUGGCAUGGCAGUCCAAACGAUGAGGACUGUGUUAAAGUGUCCUAAAGGAUGGAGGAUGGUGGGAUCCAGCUGUUACUUCCUGUCUACUGAGAGGAAAACCUGGGAGGAGAGCAAACUGGAUUGUCUGGCGAGAGGAGCAGACCUGGUGAUCAUAAACAGCAGACAGGAACAGAAGUUGUUGUACCAGCUGGAUGGUCUCCUGGUCUGGAUUGGUCUGACUGACUCCGUUAAUGAGGGGACCUGGAAAUGGGUGGACGGCACACCACUGACCACAUCGUACUGGAAGCGUGGUAAGCCGGACCAUGGUGGUACCAACAACAAGGAUUGUGUCGAGGUCUACCAUCGGGACAACGUUUUGGCCAACUGGAACGAUGCACCAUGCAACCACAUGCUGCAUUGGAUCUGUGAGAAAUUACAGAAAUAGCUACAUAUAGGUCAAAUCCACAUCUUGUUUAAAUGUGUUUAUUUUAUUGUUGCACAUUAACAUUUUCCCUAAGAUUGUGUAAUUAACUGAGCACAUGCAUUUGCAUGGUACAUGAUAUUAUCUUUCUGUCUUUCAGCUGUAAUUCCUUUUUGGCAAUAUAUUAUUGGCCUUUUGGAUCAGUCACAAUACUGUAUUGUUUUCUGCUUUGUCCUUUUCCCUCUAAACAGUUUAUCCAUAUUACUUCUAUGAAAUGGUAUUGUACCAUCUACUCCGCUGUGAGAUAUAUUUUCAUCUGUUUCAAUCUGGUGUCCAAAGCGGAAAGUAAAAUACCAUAAGACAGAUCUACCACUUCCUAGACCGCUUAUGUUGCUUAUGCCUUGAAUCGGCCCGACACACAAACACACGUACUCAAUCAGACACGCACACAAGCAUGCACGCACGCAUUUAAACCUCAGUAAAGUUUCAGUUUUAUAGCAGCAUCUAUGCCAGGGUUGCCCAAUCAUUUUCCUGGAGAGCCUUCAAACUCAACUCUGGAUGUCGAAGCCAGUUCCACUGCAAUUUUUCAUUGCUCCCUUCUAAUUAGGGACUGAUUUAGACCUGGCACACCAGGUGGGUGCAAUUAAUUAUCAGGUAGAAAAGAAAACCAGCAGACUCUGGAUCUCGUAAGGGUAAGAAUUGAAUACCCCUGCUGUGGAGCAGAGCUCUCCAACCCUAAUCCUGUAGAAGUACCGUCCUGUAGGUUCACACUCCAACCCUAAUCCUGAAGAGCUACCGUCCUGUAGGUUCACACUCCAACCCUAAUCCUGUAGACGUACCGUCCUGUAGGUUCUCACUCCAACCCUGUU